AUGUCGACAAUCACUCGUACACUCCGGAACCUCUGGAGAAUAGGAUUUAAGGAAUAUGGCCACCAAAUGCAGUACAUGGGCGAUACGAAAGCCGGGACCCUAGUCGCCAUCGACCGAUACGGAAACAAGUACUAUGAAAACAAUGCCGAGUUACCACUCCGAACACGAUGGGUGGAUUACAAGCAAAAGGAACUUGAUGCCUCUCAUGUCGAGCCCGGAUGGCACGGAUGGCUGGCUUACAUGGUCAACAAACCGCCAACCGAAGACAAAAUCAUGCAGACAGGCGUGCGGACAUGGGAAACCCCCGAACACAGACCGAACCUGACACUAUCCCGCGCCGCAUUCAAAACAUAUUCGACGACCAAACCAAAGUACUCUGCUUGGGACCCGGUUGCGAAACCGAGAUAG